AUGAGAUUCGAUUUCCAAGGGCCACUGGGACUGGGCUCCCUCUGCGCCUCCGUUUUGUCCAUUUUCAGCAAUGGCCACCAAGGUCACCAGCAGGGAAGCAUCACACAUCACCCUGUGCUCCCUCCAUCGUAUCCGCUGGCGGUGCGCAACCCUUAUCUAUCAGCAUGGAUGCCAAGUGAUCGCGUGCAACAACUUCCCUACUCCGAACCACAAUUCUGGGCGGGCCAGGAGCUCGGCUGGUCCGUGAUUGUGCGUGUCGAUGGCCAGGCGUAUAGCGUAAUGGGUGUUCCGGACCUUGACGAAGACGAAAUAUUGCCUGCCACCGUGCGUCGUGCCGAGUUCACCUCGACUCACUCCACUUUUGACCUCACGGCCGGCUCCGUGAGAUUGACCCUCGACUUUUUCUCGCCUGUGACCCCCGCAAACUACUUGCGACAGUCCCUUCCUUUCAGUUACCUGACGGUCAAAGUCUCCGGGUCUUAUUUCGGUAACGAUAUCCAAGUCUAUUCAGAUAUCGAUGGAAGAUGGACUGGGCGCGAGGAUCGCUCCGUCCUCAACUACGAAGAACAUGACGACGGUCUCCUUAUUCAUUCGCUCUCCGUGGAAGAUGCAGCGAAGUAUGCCGAGGCUAACGAUAUGGCACUCUGGGGUAAAGCUAUUCUCGCUUCGCGCCCAUCUGAAUAUAGCAGCCUCUCUUCCCUUACCGGAGAUCCCAAAUCGGUGCGAGCUCAAUUCGCACAGGAGGGCGAUCUCUCUGGGAAAGAAUUUGAUUGGUCCUACGGAAGUGUCGCCGCCUUGGCUCAUGAUUUAGGAACUGUCUACGGUCAAGCAUCUGUCAAUUUUGCUGUAGGCUACGAACGAGAGGCAGCCAUUAACUAUCUCGGAGAAGAAUACACCGGGUAUUACCGCGCAGAGUACCCUACUACGCAUAAAGCUCUCUCAUUCUUCCUGAAUGAUUACGGAGACGCACUCAGAGAGUCGUUGGAACUGGAUCAAGAAUUGACAGCUUUUGCUACUGCGGCAGCUGGUCCCAAAUAUGCGGAUAUUGUUGCUCUAUCUACCCGCCAAGCAUAUGGUGGAACAGAUUUGACUAUUCCAAAUGACUCCCUCGACACCGACGAUGUAUUGGCAUUCAUCAAGGAGCUUUCCAGCGACGGGAAUGUCAACACCAUUGAUGUGAUUAUGCCAGCAUUCCCUAUCUAUUGGGUCCUGGACCCUGAUUGGAUUCGCUUGAUGUUGGAACCUGUGAUGCGUCACUACCCAAAUGCCAUUGGCCAUGACGACCAGAAGGCCGAGCCGAUGCCGAUAGAGGAAUCCGGCAAUCUGCUGAUUCUUGCUCUUGCUUAUUCCCGCGCUACAGGAGAUUCUGAGUGGACAGGUCAGUAUAUGGACAUCUUCCAGAAAUACGCCGACUACUUGGUCGACAACAGUAUCGACAUCGCAAACCAACUUUCCUCCAAUGAUGCCGCCGGUCCCCUCGCCAACGAGACAAACCUAGCCAUCAAGGCGGCGGUUGGUAUCAAGGCAUUUGGUGAGCUCAGUGGUAUUGACCGAUACUCUCGCAUCGGCGAGGAACACGCAAACAUUUUCUUUGAGCAGGGUCUGGGCACAGAUCCAGAACAAACACAUUUCGUACUGCAAUAUCCUGAUUACCCUGAAUCAUGGAAGACUCCAUACAACCUAUUCCCGGACGUCCUUCUUGGACUAAACACCUUUUCCAACGACGCCAUUCGGGUGAACAGCGAAUUUUACUCUCAUGUCCGAGGCGAGUACGGGGUUCCUCUAGACAACAGACAGGAUUGGGCCAAGUCCGAUUGGAAUAUGUGGCUUGCUGCCACGUUUGAGACGAACACGCGGGACGAGUUCGUCGAUGACCUAUGGGCAUUCAUGACAAACGGGAAACACAACUGGCCAUUCUCUGAUCGAUAUGUCUCUACGUCCGCCCAUGGAAAUGAACCAGGGAUUCCAAUCUUAUGUCGCGCACGUCCGACGGUCGGUGGGCAUUUUGCGCUUCUGGCUUGGAAGGGUCCGGCGUCGGUUCAGUCUUUGUCCAUUAACAAGUCUACCCAAGUGAAGCAUAAGGGGGGGCAAGUCCCGCUUCGAAUCUCAUGGGCCUGA